AAAAUUAAAAAAAUAAUAAAAAUUAUAUAUAAAUUAAAGAAUCUAAAACAAAAACGUAUUCAAUACGCAAAAAUAACAAAGACAAAAUAAAUUAAGCCAAAAAUAUAGCUACAAAGUGUAACUAUUGCAUGAUAUAUAUUUUUUUUAUUUUUUUGUUGUUUUUUUUUUCGUUGUAUAAAAUCCUCAAUAAUUCUCCUCUGCAAAACGUCGCAAGCUAAAAUAUCUUUAUGAGAAAGUAUAAUUACCAACCGUACUCGGCGUACCAGCACACCACCAACGCACAACAGCAGCAAUCCGCACUAAAAACACACAAACACUCAGCGCAUCCAUUACAUCAGCAGCAGCAGCAGCUGGGCACGUACACUUCCCGCUUCGAGCAGCAAGAAGAAAUAAUUUUACCGCCUCCACAGCAGCUGCCAACGCCAACAAUGUCGCCACAACAGCAACUACCCACACACGCUGGUUACCAGCAGCAACAACAGCAGCAGCAAGCACAACAACAGCCAACGCAGCAAGCGCAACUGCUGCAACAACAACGACAAACAGCAGAGCUGGAACAUCACAAACAGUUGCAAUUACAGCAACAGCACCAGCAACAGUUGGCCAACACCACGUUUGCAGAGAAUUUUGCAGCCUUACAGCAGCAACAACAGCAGAAUACAGCUGGGGCUGUUGCUGCCUCUGCCGCGAAUGGCAAUUUUUUUCCAACGACGUCAUCGCAGCCAUAUACGCAAGCUAACGACUAUUUGUCUUAUAAUCAAAAUAAUAUUAGCAACAACAACAACAACAGUCACAUGCAUAAUUGCCAGAAUAGCAAUAAUCCAAGAAAUGCAACAAAUAAUGAUAAUCGGCUGCAACAAUUACAACAACAACAGCAGCAGCAGCACCAAACGCAUUUGUCAUUUGUAAAUAAUCAAAAUCCCAGUAAUCGGCAAAUUCAAUUUCAACAAAAUCACCAGCAACAACAACAGCGACCACAGCAGCUGCAAUUGCCUCAUCAGCCGCACAUGCAACGGCUGCAACAGCAGCAGCAUCAAUUUCAGUUGCAUCAGCAACAACAACAACAGCAACCACAACAACGUCAAUACGCCAGCAAUAAUAAUAAUAAUAAUCACAUCAAUGCGCUAAGUAAUCAACAACAAUUGCACUUGCAACAACUACAGCGAGUAUUGUUGGAGAAACAACAACAAAAAUUACUGCAACACCAACAACAACUGCAAAUACCAACCUCAGUUACUACUAGCAACUGUAAUAAUGCCUUGCCUGUGCCCGCAACCACGGCGGUCAGCAAUGGUGGCGGGGACUACAGCAGCAGCGGCGAUGGCCUUGCCAGCACAGUUGACGAGGCAGCCGAUUGUCGAUUUUCGAUGGAUGCUUGCGAAAUUGCAAAUUUUCUGGCUAAUGAGCUUUUUAUGCAGCAGCUCGUUUCAAUGGAUGGCAUACAGAGUGGUGUACCUACGUUGACCACGUCCACGUUGACACCCACCACACUACGCAGCAUCGAGGAGACAUUCAUACAGCUGACAACUGAUCAUUCGAAUCCGCCCUGUCAGGCCGGUUUCAUACCGCCGCCCGUCAGUUCUUUACAAAGUUCCACAAGCCCGGUAUUCAUCGGUGGCCUACAAAACUACAACGAUGUCGACACGGACGACUCACAGGCAUCCUGGACCAAUUCACAAUUGAAUGAGGAAAAUUCGCUGGCGACAACAGAUACUUCAAGCGCCGCCACUGAUAGUACCUCAUUCCCGAACGGCCUCAACGGUAUUAGCAACGCUUCACUCGCUACCUCAAACACAUCGUCCAAAAAUGAUUUCACCUUAUUACACAGCGCCAUCGCAGCGGAAGCUGGCAAACAUGCCGGCCAUCUGUUGCUCACAACUUCGCCCAAUAGCAGCAACGUUCAUACCUCAAACAGUGCCACAGUUACGCCCGCACCGACACGUCGCAACCAAGGCGGCCGUCGACCUGCCAAAGCGACCAACAUGUCACCCGAAGAGGAGGAGAAGCGUCGUAUACGUCGUGAACGUAACAAAUUAGCUGCGGCGCGUUGCCGCAAGCGUCGUGUCGACCAAACCAAUGAGCUGGAAUUAGAGGUGGAUCGCUUGGUGGGCAUACGCGAAACAUUGCAGAAGGAGGUUGAAGGCCUUAAAGUAACCAAAAAUCGAUUGGCCUUCAUUUUGGAAGCACAUCGACCGACCUGCCAGAAGAUACGUCAAGAUCUAUUGAGUGUGCACACCUACGAUGGGCUGAUUGCGCCGGCGAACAGCAACAGCAACGACAGCAAUAGCAAUAUUAUUGGAGUUGAUACAACGUUGUCGUCUGUGGGACGCAGUGGCUCACCCAUCGAUCUCAAGCCUAUCAUUUUGGACAUCGUACCGCGCAUCAAGAAUGAACCUCUAGAUAGUACGCUCGACUCGGGCUCAUCACUGGACCAUGACGGGCCACCAUCACCCAAGCGCAUGCUGCUCUCCGACAACAAUCCGAUGAUACAGCCACCAUUGCCAAAUGUGGCCACACUCUCUGCUUCUUUGGCUGCGGCCUCUGCAUCCUUAAAUACACCAAUUGUGACGGCGGCACCGGUAAGUUUUGCCAAUUUCGUCGCCGGCACAAGUAUUGCCAACAACAACAAUAACAAUAAUAAUACUAUUGCGACCAGCAGUGCCAUUACAGGCACAUUGGUUGCGCCGCACAGACAACUUUUGAGUGGUAGCAAGCAGCGCCCCAACUCGUUGCCAACAAACCUACGCAGCCAGGCACAAAAUCUUGCUCUGAACACCGAACGUCCGCCAACAGACAUUAAUGGUGUAGCCAUACAAACGCCAUCGACUGGCAUGUUCAAUUUCGACUCGCUAAUGGAUGGUGGCACUGGACUAACACCCGUCUCAGGCCCCCUAGUACCGACUUGUUCAUCGCAAAACAAACAUCCAUUGGAAAUGCAAACGCCUACCAGUGAGCCAUCGAAAUUAGUCAGCUUAUAACAAUAAAAAGAACAGAGAACAAUGCGGAGCGGAGCAGGCUGGCGGAUGAAGCGUUGGUUGGAGGAGACAUGGUGUGAUGGAGAUGAUGUGGAGGAGGAGAAAAUGCGCCGGUCGAAGAUUGAAAUUUUUUCCAAGAGUAUUUGUGGUAUUGUGGCGUUGUGUUAGUGAAGCUUGAGAAGUUUUACAAAGUUGAUGCCAGGUAGCCAGAACCAACAACAAACACUAAGAUAUAUGCUUUAAAAUGUAUUGAAACGUGCCGUGUGUGCGGGCGGACGGUGCGUAUGCGCAACCUAUAACGCAAUAAAAAUGGGAAUCAGUUGCAAAUAUGUAAUAAUCUAUAUGUAUAUGUAAAAAUAUGUACUUGUAUAUGUUUCGAAACAGAUUUAACGAUGCGAAUGUUUUAAAGCGAUUUUUUCUUCAUUUAAAAAAUCGACAAUUUUGUAGAAUCAUUUUGUGCGUAAACGAAUAAUUUUAAGCAGUUAUAGGCAAGGCAUUAACACUAACAUACAUAUAAAAUGUUAAGUUUUCUUUUGUACUUUGUUCACAUAAUAUU